AUGGCAGGGCAGUGGGCCAAAGCUCGAGGAUAUUCGCUGUCCAUCGAUGAAUUCAGUCUAUCCGAAGAGCGAUUUCCUUCCUUGAAUGCCAAGGGAUAUGAAAUCAAACUGUUGUGUGUCUGGCUGGCUGAGAUAGCUCCGGCCUACGCACGAUCCCCGAAAGCUUCCUCCGACACCGACCAUGCUGAUGUUCUCUCAAUGACUGCCCGAGCUUUGGCGAUCAACAUCAAGAUACUGGAGAAGCGAAAAUAUGAGAUCACACGGGAGGAUGUCGAUCGAGGGGUCCGAGCUUGCCAUCGGUUCGUCGUGGGCUAUAUCUGGUUGGCAUAUUCCUGCUAUCUGGAUGGACAGAAGCUGUACAAGCUACGUCCUAAGACGCUCGAGUUAACAGCAAUCGCACGGGGUUGUUCUGCGACGUUUUCGUUCGGAAUGAAUUCUUGCAAGCAGUUACUGCCAAUGCAUGUCUGUUAA